AUGGUCGCCACCAAAGUUCUAAACCAACUAACGUCGCCAGAGAACAAUAACCGACCUGUAUUAGUCCAUGGUUUCUCAGUGGGCGGGUACCUCUACAGCCACGUGCUCAAUUUAAUGGAAAAAUUGGACAAGUUCUCACCAGUCAAGGAGAGAAUCCUUGGUCAAGUCUUUGACUCCCCGGUGGAUUUCGAUGGGAUUCCCUAUGGUGUUUCAAACGCGGCCUCGCAAAACCCGUUUAUCCGCUGGCUGAUGAAGUCAUCUAUUGAGUCGUACUUGACCAUCUUCGCCAAGUACACGAGCAAGGUUUACGUGGCGCAUUCGCAGUUAUUCCACAACAAUCCUGUACGGUCGCCAGCGUUGUUUCUGUUCUCCAAGGAUGACAAGAUCGCGGAUGUUAAGACGUGCCAAGCUUGUGCGGACUAUUGGAGAGAAAAACUGAACAUGAACGUGAAUUAUGUAUGUUUUGAUAGUUCGCCUCAUGUUUCACAUUUUUAUGUCCAUAACAAAGAGUACACUCAAGCAGUGAAGGACUUCCUGAAGGUCGUAAACGUGCCUGCUGUGACUGCUGUGUAG